UUGGCAUUGAUGGAGGCGCGCAGGGCGCCGCUGACGGAGGAGGAUAUUCGGGAGCGAGUCGCCCUGCGGCACCAGCACCUCGCUGAUGUCCGGACAUUGUCUCUUCCUGGAACUUAUCAUGAAAAGAUAACUCAUUUAGGAAGCUCUCUGAAAAAUUUUGUUCGUCUAAAAUCCCUUGACCUCUCACGUAAUGCACUGACUUCCUUGGAGGGCCUUCACCACCUUACCAGCUUAGAAAAACUCAAUCUCUACUUCAACCACAUUUCCACACUCUCCGAAGUAUUUCGCCUCCAAACCUUAACUGCGCUGCAGGAAGUGGACCUUCGACUGAAUCCCGUUAUUAAAAAUGAAUCGGAUUACCGUCUUUUUGUUGUGCACAUGCUUCCCAAUCUCCGGCGACUGGAUGAUCGUCCUGUGAGAGACCGUGAGCGAAAAGCCUCCCUUUUGCAUUUCACUCCAGAACAGGCUUAUGAAUUCAAGAAGCCUCCCGAUGCCCCAAAAGAGCCUGAAGCAGAGAGCACCCCUGUCCCCUCAAGGCCCGAGUACAUUUACUCCCUGUCAAAGAAGUGCUCAGUGAUGGAUGAAGACGAUGAAGCCGUUCUCAACCUCAUUGCCAAGUGUGAGUGGGACUUAAGUAAGCCUGCGGGAGUGACCGGCUCAACUCAGAGGGACCCUGAGGUUCAGUUUCACGUUUCACACAAAUGCAGACACUUGCCAGAUUCACCGAUGUCGUCAGCUGCUGUGAGUCAGAAAAGCAGCAUUAGCAUGACAUUCUUAGAAGCGAAAACACAAGAGUGGCCCAAGAGAGACCCGCACUUGAUGUUCUGUGAUGAAGCACAAACAUGUGAUAAAGUCAGAGGCCAGGCUCAUUUUACACCCCAUCCAGGAGUGAAUGAACUCUGUGCUGCUUCUGAGAAGAAGAAGAGACAUCAUCGGAGGGGACGUGAACCACCAGAGCAUGUGCAAAAUAACCAAGACAUGCCUCAGGCAGCACCCCCGUUACCAAACAUGCUGCUGGUGGAAGAAGCAUCGAUGGAAUGCCUUCUGGAUUUGGUUGACAAGUACUGGAACGGCUGCCGAUCACUUCACUGUAACGAGGAAUUUCUCUCUCAGGCAGGCACCCUCUUGUCUGCCAUUCAGAAAGGCGAAGCAGUAGGCCAACAGCAGCCUCUUCCUGCCGAACACCAAGCGCUGUCUCAUCUCCUCUUAGAGAAGAAGAUUUUACAAGAGCAUCUGUUUGAGCGAGAAGAGCAGCACAACGCCCGGGUCAAAAGCCUGAAGGCAGAACUGAGCAGUACAAAGAAAGAUCUGGAUACCUUGAAGCAGCAUUUACAUCAGGUGUUGGAAGAAAACGAAGCAUUAAAAGCGAGUUGUGCCAAAGCAAAAGAAAACGCCUCGAGUACAGAUGCUGCUAAUGCGCAGCAGUUACAGAUCACCAAGCUUCAGGACCAAACCCAGCUGCUAACAAAGGAGAACGCUGGCUUGAAGCAACGCCUCCAGCACUUCAGCAAGUUGCAGGAGCUCACCCAGAUGCUCCAGGAAAGCCACAAGACGUUGGUUUCUACCAAUGAGCGUCUUUUACGAGAACUGGACGAGGCCCGUUCACGCCAUAAAGUGGAAGUGGAAGAGCUACACUGGAGCUACAAUCAGUUAAAGAAGACAAUAGAUCAACUUCCUUCAGACAAAGUGGACAGCAGCAAGAGUUAAGGAACAGAACUUCACUGGGGAUGGUUUACAGAGGGGCAGAGUAACCCCUCGGGGUCACUGUCUGACAUGAACAAGCGCACCUUUAAUAUGGAGGUUCAUUCCAGUUUUGUACUGUACUUUAACUUGGCUUUUUAAUAUUUUCCAUAUAUGUAUGACCGUAUGAGACACUAUUGAAUGGUUUUAAUGUGGAUUUGAAUGAUGGCAAUUUUUAAGGAGUGUUGAGCCCAGCGAUUUUUUUUUUCUAGUAUCACUUUUUUUUUUUUUGGCACUCAUUUUUAAAGGACUUUUUCCAAUUCAGGCCAGAGGGGUCCCUGGAUCAAGUUAGAACACAGAGCUUGAGCUCUGACACUCGAUAAUAUUUUAAGUUGUGCUUCACUGUUGAGGAUGUUACAAAAUCUCACACUGUGUCUGGCUUAGCAAGACAAAAGCUAACUCAACUACUAGAACUACUUUGAUGUAUGGUACAGGGAGUUGUUGCUUUUCAUCUUCCAUUACCAGCGAAGUUAUUAAGUGUCACGUUGCAGCAACGUGGUGUUCCUAUAUUACAGUCCUGGGUAUAUUUUAACCGAAUCGUAUCCGAUUUCGUUGAUUCCAUGCCGACGGUGCCCUCUUUCGAGUGGUGGGAAACAGCCAGCGGCAUAUUUUUCCUGAAGUGACAUUUUGUCUUUAUAUUCUGGACAAUUGGUUCUGGGUAUAGAAACCACUGAAAUCUUGUUUGAACAGGGGGUGAAAAUAUCAUGACAAGGCUGAAUGGAAUAGUGGAAAAUGUGAAAUGUUUCUAUUGCAAAGAGAUCUUUGCAUGGGCAGAUGGAAUGGUGGGUAAAGGAUUCCUCAACCAUUUAAUUUGGCAAAUCUCACUGGAUUCUUCAUAGUACGUGGUCAGUGCAUAAACCAUCAAGUCUGAUUCCUAUCCAGUGCCAUUUCUAAAACUCUUCUGUGGUAACAUUGCAUUUACUGGUGGAAUAAUAUAUUGCCCCCUCCUUAGGUGUAAUUCAGCAAAGACAACAGAUGUGUGUGUUGUGAUGAGAAUGGUCAGUGGAUCAGGUAAAGCAUUUCUGUGUGCAUUCCCAUUUUUUUUUAAAAAAACUUUGCCUGUUCAGGUUGUUUUCUAGAUGAUUCUAACAAUGAUUAAACAAUGUUCUU